AUGAGCUCCAUCGAGAGGCAGGACACCUUUGGCAGCGUGGAUUGCUACCUCUCCGGUGGUCUUCUGGAGGCGCCCACCCUGUCCAGCAAGGAAAUCAAGCAUGCUAGGGAGCAAGCUUUGAAAAUCCUGAACACCAAGUCCCCAGAAGAGGCCUUCAAGAUUUUCACCGAGGGUUCUGAGGCCGAAGCUGGCCAUCUGCUGGGGGAGAAGGUGGAGGCCGCGACGAUGCCUCCAAACACCACUGACGCAAAGCCCAACGACGCCGCGGUGCAGCCCUCGCCGAAGAACUGA